CUUCCACUAGCUCGGAGCCUCAUUCAGCCGCCGUUUGCCGGUGGAGCGGAAUAGGCUGGAGAGCCAGCCAGCCAGCGAGCCAGAUCGCGGCUGCCGCUGCGCCUUGGAGUGGGAACUUGCCUCGCUCGCCUUGCCUGCCAGAGGUGACACGGGCAGAAGACGCAGCAGCCGCGGCCGGACUCCCAGAAAGGAGUGGGAUAUCAGAUACAUGACAGCACAGAACUAAAAAGAAAAAUUCACUGGGAUUAUCAACUUCCUCAAAUGGAUGGAAUAUUCUACUUCAAUUGGCAACAGGUGGCCAAUGGGUGAAGGAGACAAUUUGGGAGAUCGUACAGCAGUAAAGUGAUGCGCUUAAGAAGUGGUGACAUCUUGGACACCGGAAGCUGCCUCUAAAACUUCCAGUGGAUUAUAGAGGAUUACUCUUGUGGUGACCCAGUGAAAGGAAGACUGGGAGAUACUCUGGUGCCUAUACACUAACCAAAAAUGAAGGAGGACCACUGUUUACACGCUGCUCUUAUUUGUCUGGGAAUGGUGUGCUACAGCCUUGCCACGAUGACCGAAAAACAGAACCAUUCGAGGCCAUCACUCCAUGGUCACCAUGAAAAAGGGAAGGAAGGGCAAGUUCUCCACCGUUCAAAAAGAGGAUGGGUGUGGAAUCAGUUUUUUGUAAUAGAAGAGUAUACAGGACCGGAUCCUGUGCUAGUGGGCAGGCUUCAUUCAGAUAUCGAUUCUGGAGAUGGGAACAUCAAAUACAUUCUCUCAGGUGAAGGAGCGGGAAUCAUUUUUGUUAUCGAUGACAAAUCAGGGAACAUCCACGCAACAAAGACACUGGACCGGGAAGAAAGAGCUCAGUACACAUUAACGGCUCAAGCGGUGGACAGGAAUACCAACCGACCCCUGGAGCCACCUUCAGAAUUCAUUGUCAAAGUUCAAGAUAUCAAUGACAACCCCCCUGAAUUUCUGCAUGAAAACUACCAUGCCAAUGUACCAGAAAGGUCCAACGUAGGUACUUCUGUAAUUCAGGUGACCGCUUCAGAUGCUGAUGAUCCUACCUAUGGAAAUAGUGCCAAACUAGUUUACAGUAUCCUUGAAGGUCAGCCGUACUUCUCUGUGGAAGCACAAACAGGUAUUAUUAGAACUGCCCUUCCCAACAUGGACAGAGAAGCGAAGGAGGAAUAUCACGUUGUCAUACAAGCAAAGGACAUGGGAGGACACAUGGGAGGACUCUCAGGGACAACCAAAGUGACAAUUACACUUACUGAUGUCAACGACAACCCACCAAAAUUCCCACAGAGUGUUUACCAGAUGUCAAUAUCAGAAGCAGCUGUCCCGGGAGAAGAAGCUGGAAGGGUAAAAGCCAAAGAUCCAGAUAUCGGGGAAAAUGGCUUAGUAACUUAUAAUAUUAUUGAUGGAGACGGCAUAGAAAUGUUCGAAAUCACAACCGAUUAUGAGACUCAGGAAGGCGUUGUGAAGCUUAAGAAGCCUCUUGAUUAUGAAACCAAAAGGACCUACAGUGUGAAGGUAGAAGCAGCCAAUAUACAUAUUGACCCAAAGUUCAUCAGCAAUGGACCGUUCAAGGAUACAGUAACUGUGAAAAUCAAUGUGGAAGAUGCUGAUGAGCCGCCAGUAUUUUUAGCACCAUCUUACAUUCUUGAAGUGGAAGAGAAUGCAGGCCCAGGUGCUCCAGUUGGGAGAGUACAUGCCAAAGAUCCUGAUGCAAAAAACAGCCCAAUCAGAUAUUCAAUUGAUCGUCACACUAACCUUGACAGAUAUUUCACUAUCAGUGCAGAAGAUGGUUCAAUUACGACCACAAAAAAGCUGGAUAGAGAAGAAAUGGCAUGGCAUAAUAUCUCAGUAUUUGCAUCUGAAGUCCAUAACCGGCACCAGGAAGCUAAAGUUCCUGUAGCAAUCAAGGUCCUUGAUGUAAAUGACAACGCUCCAAAAUUUGCAGCUCCCUAUGAAACAGUUAUUUGUGAAAAGGCACAGACCAACGAGCCAUUAAUUACAAUUACUGCAGAAGACAAGGAUGAUACAGCCAAUGGACCAAGAUUUAUCUUCACUUUGCCACCAGAAAUGAUCCAGAAGCCUAAUUUUACUCUCCGUGAUAACCGAGAUAACACGGCGAGCGUUUAUGCGAAACGCACGAGCUUCAAUCGUCAGGCGCAAGACUUGUACUUUCUGCCGAUUGUGAUCAGUGACGGUGGGAAUCCCCCACAAAGCAGCACCAAUAUGCUGACCAUUCGGGUCUGUGGGUGCGAUGGGAAUGGCAUCUUGAUCUCUUGCAACCCAGAAGCCUACACGCUGAAUGCUGGACUUAGCACUGGAGCUUUAAUUGCCAUCCUCGCUUGCAUCGUGAUAUUGUUAGUGAUUGUAGUGUUGUUUGUAACACUAAAACGUCAAAAGAAAGAGCCUCUCAUUGUUUUUGAAGAAGAAGACGUCCGAGAAAAUAUCAUUACUUACGAUGACGAAGGGGGAGGGGAAGAAGACACAGAAGCUUUUGAUAUUGCUACCUUGCAAAACCCGGAUGGCAUCAAUGGAUUUAUUCCUCGUAAAGACAUCAAACCAGAAUACCAGUACAUGCCAAGGCCAGGGCUUCGGCCAGCUCCAAACAGUGUGGAUGUUGAUGACUUUAUCAACACGAGAAUACAAGAAGCCGAUAAUGACCCGACAGCUCCACCCUAUGACUCUAUCCAGAUCUACGGCUAUGAAGGCAGAGGCUCAGUGGCUGGUUCACUUAGCUCGUUAGAGUCAGCAACGACGGAUUCCGAUUUGGACUAUGACUAUCUACAAAAUUGGGGACCUCGUUUUAAGAAACUAGCAGACUUAUACGGCUCCAAAGACAAUUUUGAAGAUGAUUCUUAACAAUAAAGUUACAAAUUUGGCCUUAAGAACUGUGUCUAAUAUUCUGAACAAAAUGAACGAAAAAAAUAAUAAUAAUCAGAGAAAAAAAAUGUAAGCAGGUAUUUUUUUAAAAUAAAACAAGGAAAGACUUAUCUGAAGCAUCUAGGUUUGGUGAGGGAGUCUUUAAUUGCAAAUGGACAGAGGGGAAAAAAGUGGUAAAUACUGUGAAGUACCUUUUCGUGCAAAAAGGCAAAGACAGAAGUUGGGAACAGCUUCACCAGAAGGGAGAAAAAAAUAUAACCACUUGUGAAAUACAAAAUAUUUAAGUGAAGGGAAAUUCUGAAGUCAUCCUAGAAUUGAGGGCAAUCUUUUCCUAUAUUUUAUGAACAGCCGAGUCUUUUAUGUCAAAGAAGCUUCCACAAAUUAGAAAGGAUAACAGUUCAGAGCUGUAAUUUCGCCUUAAAUCAUGGACACUCCCUAUGUAGUGCAUUUUUAAACUUGAAAUAUAUAAUAUUCAGCCAGCUUAAACACAUAUGUAUGUACAGGACAAUGUACAAUUAUAAUGUCUUUAGAGCAUCCAACUUGUUUCAGCUGACUCUUGUAAAUCUUUUUGCUUAUACUUUCAUCUUAAUCUAAUACGUGCCAGAUAUAAAACUGUCUUGUUUCAGUGGGAGGCGCCCUAUUUCUAUGUCAUUUUUAAAUGUAUCUAUUUGUACAAUUUUAAAGUUCUUAUUUUUAGUAUACAUACAAAUAUCAGUAUUCUGACAUGUACGAAAUGUUACAUCACACUUAUAUUUUAUGAACAUUGUACUGUUGCUUUAAUAUGUGCUUCUAUAUAUGAAGCAGACUUUGAAAUAAAAAGGAUUUUUUAAAUUCCUGUUUGUUUAUUAAACAUUUAAAGGGAAAGCAUUGUUUCUGGUGCUCUGUUCGCAGAUGUAUAUCCCUAUAUCUCUAAAUACCAGGCUCACCUUUGACUAGCCCUCCUUAUUAUGCACUUGUAGCUAAAGUUGUCUUGUUAAGUGAUUAGUCAAAAAUGAAUUACAAAUCAAUUUUUAAGAUAAAUACUAGCAAAGUCUGUAUAGACCUGGUGUCUACUUUGCAACAGUAGAGACUUUAAAUAUGAAACAAGUAUGCUCUAGGCCCACUUUGGUUUCUUUUUCUAAGUAUGGCCAUGUCGAAAGUAUUUAUCUUACCUCUUGAUAAUUCCAUAGCCUUUCACAAACGACUUUAUGAGUAAGCAAGUCUACAUGAGUGUACUUUUAAGUUUUUCCAUGGCAAUGAAGCUGAAUCCAUCAUAGGCUUCUGUGAGCUUCAAGAGACUUAAAGAUGGGUUUGACCCAUUUUUUGGCUGCAGGCCACGAACGACUUUCUGUCCAACAAUGUCAGUAGUUAUUAAUUGGGGCUUUGACAUGUAAGUAGGUGUGUUACUUAGUCUGCUAGACUGGCAUUGCUGCAUCUAAAAGAAAAAGAGAAAAAAAAUUAAAGACGGCUUAUUUGACUUGUUUUCUACAUUGUUUUAAGCAAUUCUUUUUUAAAGGAUCUAUAGAUUAGUUCUGGAUUAGUUUAGACAGCCCAGGAGAGGAGAUGAUCAUUGUGAUUCAAAUCGCUAUGUACAUUAGCUGAAGGAGGACUGGAUACAACAGGAAAUAGCUCCAUUACUUGGGGAAGAGGACUAUGGCUUAAAAAAUACAGACACUUCUGAGACAUAAAUCCACUGCCAGCAGUGUUUCUGCCAUUAUAGCCAGAUUGACUAGACAGAUUGCUCUGAGGAUUGGAUGGGCUGGUUUUGGAUCCACUGGACUCAAAGCCCUUCCAUUCCUCACUGAGGCAUUAUUACUAUAUCCCUAACUUACAGCGGUGUCCAGCUGGUGUACAUGUUAGCUCUGUCACCUAUUUGGAGGAUUAUGUGUUGUCAGAAGAAAAGGGGGUAACUUCCCCUUCCACCAUGGCAGAUGUCGGGAUGAUGGCUGGCUCAAUGAUAGGAGUCUGUUUUGAGCUUUGUUAUGACUGAUCUCUCCGUACAGCUUUUUAGCAGCUGGGCUGACCUGAAAACAUGCUGAAUUUAAUGCAGCCAUUAGAAUAAAAUAGGAGGUCUAUAAAUAUAAGAAGAGGCCUUAUCAGUAGCAAAAUACUCUAUUAUAGUUUCAGAUAAUUAUGGGAAGGGGGAAUCCCGCUUCCAUCCAUAACUUGCAGUUAAGAAUACAAUUGUCAAAAUUUAAGAGAUCUGCAUUGCUUUUAGUACUUUUAAGGUUGAAACAGACAAGAAAGGUAGCUUUGCAAGUAAGAGGUGAUAAAACAUUAUUCCUCCAGAGGAACAUUAUUUGAAGCUGCAAAAUUUUGCACAAUCAGCAAAAGGAGCCCAUUGUUUCCUCCAGACAACCGAAUGCCCAACGGAAGAAAGCUCAUUUGCAACUUGGAAAGCUGCAAAACAAUAUUAGAGAAUAAUCAGACAUAUUUGACUGCUUACAGUAGCUGUGCUUCUGAUUGUGAAGAUACCCACCUCGUCUGUUUCAGCCCUUGUUUUAAAAUCAUGGAACUGCAUAUGUGUGCAUUUACACUUUAAUUAUUUAAUAUAUAUGCUUUUUGCCAUUAUAGUAUUAAGUUCUCCAGAUCCCAAUAUACUGAUUAUGAGGAAAAAUGUUAUUCUAUCAUGUCCUACUUCAAUAUUGCAUAAGGAUUGAAAAAAAUAUGUUUUGUGUGCUUCCAUAAUUCUUAAUGUUUUUUAGGUUAUUAUUACUUUUCCCGCAGCUUUUAUAUUCCAAAGACUAUU